UAUUUUAUUCGCAUUUUAUUAUGUAUUAUUAUUAUAAAAUGACUAAUACAAGAAGAGAGUGCGGAGAGUGGAAUAUUAUUAGCGGGCGCACAUACACCGAAAAUGACGAUGAGAUCGAGAAUAAUAAAGCUCACGGCACGCGGAGACGGAGACACAUGUGGAGUGUUGUACUGAACGGGGUUUUUCGGAACGUGCUGGAGAAGCAUAAUAACACUUAGCAGUCAGUUAACGACGCUAGGUCAGCGCUAACGGAUGUGUCCCUGCUUGUAAAACAGGAGGUGGCGUAGUAGAGUACUCAUUUGUGUGGUUGCAGCAAGGAAGAGUUGCGUUUGUUUUACGUUGUACGACUCAUCAAGAUAUCAUUGGUGCCAUAUCGGAGAACGUGAGCAUUGCUGCAAGGAAGGAUAAUCGUCACAGCCAUCUAGGAUAGGAGGCUCGCCCACGGUGUGUGACCACCCAUAAUCAUAGGAGGCUGAGAACACGCACCUUUCGGCUACUUUCCGACCGAUCAGAGCAGGCGAGCGACGGACGGGAUCUGACGCAAAUUAUUAUUACUGUUUGAACGGUCGCCGGAAUCGUGUGCACAUUUUCGGAGUCGCGCGCUGUGACUUUGGACUGUAGUAGAUACCAACGACACGGAAAGACACAACCGUCGCGCGUUAAUUACCGAUAAUGAGAUAAAAGCGUACGAGGAGUAUCAGGUUGUACCUCGCAGUCGAUGACAAAUGGUUGUUCCCGAACAAUGUCAUGUGUGUGAAAUGUGAAUUUAUGGUGCAUUGGAACGUGAUUCGAUUCGCUAAUGAGUGUUGAUUUUUAAGGUGUGCUGCCUGCCGGGACCGAGGUAUGAUUCGCCAAUCGAUGGCAGUUACUCGUGGCGGUCGUUCAAGGGCCUACUGAUCCAGAUUUUGAAGUGUAAAUCAAACGUGAAUCCUAUCAACUUUCGACGAAGAGAGUUCAACGGUGAAAAUAAUCGAAUUUUGAAAACGAUCAGCUGAGAGCAAGUGUCACAAGAAGUGAAAAACCAUUCAGCCUAUACAAUAGUGCAUACAGCAGCAGCGGUUUGAAGAAAUAAAGUGCUGUGUCAGGUGUCACUUGAGCUGCACGUUCCAGAACGAAAGACAAGCUAAAAACCGCCCAAGUCGACACCCACUCGAGACCCUGGUAGCUCAAAAAAUUCCAAAAAACAAACGCACCAUGCUUGGUUGUUGUUGUUGCUGAGUGUCCGAUGUUGGAAUAUGGCGGAAGGAGCACCACCACCACCAUCAACAGGGACAGCACUUUUAGACAACAAUAAUAUCGGCAACAGUAGCAGCAGCCACAGUGCCAUAAUCAACAACAACAAUAAACUUUGUGGAAUGCUCGGUAUCAACAUGCCCUGUGAAGCGGCAGGCCAUGAUUUCAGCAACGUCCGGAAAGAGCUAGAAUUCGCCAACUCGAUCGCGUCCCACUACACUGCGAGCCUGGCGGAAAAGAACGACCGGGAUCACCACCAUCAUCGUGUUGGGAGCUUCAAAAUUGAGGACCGUGAAAGAAGUGAUAAUUGUAGCCGAUCAAACAGUCCACUGCUGGACGAAUUGAAUCAAGCGUCAAACCGUUCGAAGGUAACCGCGGCACUUCGGAACCGUGAAAAAAUGUCGCCUCUGUCCCUGCCGACGGGUGGAUCCCCGGUGAGCAACCAAGCUGCAGCAGCUGCAGCUGCUGCCGCGGCAGCCCAGGUGCAUCUGAAUGGAACUAUGCAAGACAUGUUGAACCUACAGAAGCUGCAAAAUCUGGCACAGCUGACUGGUGGAGCGGCGGUGUUACCCGGACUGGGACUUCCGACGGCCGGACUACCAACGGCAGCGGCCGCAUUACUUAACAAUUCUCCGCUGAAUCUCAGCCUUGGAGCACAAAAUCAUUCGUCGGUGAUGGGAGCACUGGGUGCGGUCCCACAGACUUUGACGGCAGCUGCCGCCCAAAUGCCACAACUAAUUCUCGCUUCCGGUCAGAUUGUCCAAGGGAUUCAGGGCGCUCAGCUGCUGAUACCGACGUCACAAGGAAUUGCCACCCAAACCAUUCUGACGAUCCCCGUGGGGCAACAGGUGAUUUCCAACAUGAGCAGCGAAAAUUUAUUGCAGUGUUUAAAUUUUAAUACCGUCGCAAACAACAACUUCAACGAGAUGCUGAACCAAUCGGCGCACCACCACCCGCACCACCCGGGCAAUGCAGCAUUUGCGGCAGCGGCAGCAGCAGCGGCCGCAGUGGCAACCCGCGAAUCCCCAGUCACAGUCAAUAGUGCAAUCAAUACCACAAGUCUGCUUACGAACCAACUCGCGCUGGCCGCAGCCGCCGCCGCCAAUAGCAAUCAUCACCAUCACUCACACCACCAUCACCACCAGCAGCAACAGCAACAGCAUCAGCAGCAAAUGCAUCUACAACAGCAGCAGCAGCAGCAGCAGCAACAGACGUCCCAUCAUCAACAGCAUCAUCAUCAGCAGCAGCAGUCCAAGCAUUUACACCACGGUCACCAACCGGGAUCAUCGACAACGUCGUUAUCAUCGUCAGUUCACCAUCACCAACCGUCGUCGUCGUCAUCGUCGUCUUCUUCGGCGCUGCACGUGAUGGAUAAGUUUAAAAAUUUAUCCACCCACGAAAGGACGCCGUCGGAACGGUCCACACCGGAAAUGCGCAUCAAGCUAGAAUCUCCAAAGGUGGCGUCGCCUAUUUCGCUGGCAGCGCAAUCCUCUUCACGACCACCUAGCAGCAGUUUUGCGUCGGUGUUUGAGAAAUCUCCUCAGAUGAAGCGGACCAGCUCACCCAGCAUACCGCCGUGCAGUGUAAGUAACAGCAGUACCGGCAGUGGCAGCAAUUGCAGUGUCAUCAGCGGACUCAGCAGCAGUAACGGUGGUGGAGGAGGAGGACACAUUCAGGUGGCUAAGAAUUUGACCAGCCCAGGUCACCAUUCGCCGUCGGAUAAUGCGAUCAGUAGAAUCACAACCUCGAACGGUGAAAUCACGGUGACCAAGUCACAGGCACCUUCCACUCCGCCCCUAUCAGUACAAAAGAAUCAUCCCGCAUCGCUGCACUUCAAUCCAUCCAUCUCGCCCCAGCCGUUGAUCCAUCAUCAUGCGAGAGACCACCAGCAGCAUCCCGUGCCAUCCAGUCACAACUCGACGCAUUCGGCGAUAGCAGCCGGUUCCUCCUCCGCCUCGUCAUGCUCCACGUCGGGCGAUAGUCAUCUAACGAAAGAGCACCAACAUCAGCACCUGCACCAGCAACAGGGUCUGCAUAAACCGUCCGCUUCGUCCACCUGCACUACACCGGGAGUGAUUUCGCUCACCCUGGACGACGUGGAGCAGAAGAUUUCCCCCCAUUCGGCGGGCUCGUCGUCGUCCAAGCGGCAUCGAAGUCUAACACCCCCACCACGAAAGAUGAGUCCUGCGGGAUCCGUGCAGCUUUCGCAGGGCGACGACGAAGAGGAUGACGACAAUCAUUCCACCAACAACGAGCUAGAAGACUCUCCAAAUGAACUAACAAUCAACCAAACCAACUGCAACGUUGUCGACGGAAUCGACCUGGACGACAUCAAGGAAUUUGCGAAAGCCUUCAAGCUGCGGCGCCUUUCGCUGGGCCUCACGCAAACCCAAGUAGGCCAGGCGCUGUCCGUUACCGAGGGACCGGCAUACAGCCAGAGUGCCAUCUGCAGCGCCCUCGCCGCUCAGAUGUACUGUGCAGCUCAGCUCUCAUCCCAGCAGCAGCAAAUGUUUGAAAAGUUAGACAUUACUCCCAAAAGUGCACAAAAGAUCAAACCCGUCCUGGAGCGCUGGAUGAAGGAGGCCGAGGAAAGUCACUCGUCCAGGUUCAAAUCGGGUCAGAACCAUUUGACCGAUUUUAUCGGUGUGGAACCAUCGAAGAAGCGGAAAAGACGUACCUCUUUUACGCCUCAGGCGUUGGAAUUGCUAAAUGGACAUUUCGAGCGGAAUACUCAUCCGUCAGGAACGGAAAUCACCGGAUUGGCCCACCAGCUUGGCUACGAGCGCGAGGUGAUUCGGAUCUGGUUCUGCAACAAACGCCAAGCGCUCAAAAACACGGUACGAAUGAUGUCGAAAAAUUUCAAAAUGGAAAGUUCUUAAGCAGCUUCCAUGGAAGCCAAUUUUUGUUUUGUUUGUCUUUUUGUCUUCUGUUGUAAACACGUGCCAUUUGAUUGAUUUCAUUGAACUUAAACUAUUUGGAAGUUUUAGUAGAAUUUAUUGAUUGAAACAUUAGAGUUGCUAUUUAUUUUAAGAAACAAAAAAAAAACAGAUCAAUAUUCAUCACUUUAUUAGUUCAAUUAAGCAGUAAAAACGUACUUUCAACUAGUUUUCAAUUGAGUUAGAAAUGAUGCAACCAAAGUUCCUAUGAAAUUAAGUAUAAGAGUUAUAAACAGAUGAUGCUAAAACAUUUAUAAUAUAAAAAAAUAAAAAUAAAACAAAAGAUAGUAGUAGAUUAUGAGAACGGUGAAAUACCAUUCUUCAUAGUAAUCAUACCUUAAACGAUAUUGAUCAGAUUUUGUUUACUAAUUUUCCCACAUCUUCUUUGUUUAAACAGUUGAAAAUUACUCAGUAAACAAUGUUGUUUCGGACUCAAGAAAGGUGCCAAAAUAUCUUCAUCUACGUCAGCUGAUCGUGCCAUAGUUUUUAGUUGCAAUUGUCAGAAAUUCAAAAAAGCCAUAUACUGUAACUUCAGUUUUCAAAAGAAGACACAUGGAUAAGCGACAGUUUCAAAUCACAUGUAUACAAAACAAAAAAAACAAGUGAAUUAUUUCUAAAAUAAAAUAAUAAACAAAGUCCCAUUUGUAAUGAGAAAUUUAUGUAUAGUGAGUCAGAGAGCAAACAAACUCGAUAUGAAUAGGAUAAAAUAAAAAUGGAAAUAAAUUGGCAAAAAAAUACAAAAUUACCAAACAAACCAAACCGGUCUCUUCAAUUGGCAAGUCCCUUUUUCGAAAUUCACCGUUCUUUUCGUCGGCCACCUGUGUCCAGUGCUCGUGUGUAUGUGUGAUAACAAUUAGCAAAAAAAAAACAAAACAGAAAUGGUAGCUUUUGUAAUUGCACCUUGAUUUAUGAUCGUCAAAGUUCACCUCAUCGUGAUAGGAAUUUAUCAGCAGCAGCAGCAGCUAGUAACAAAAAAUCAUAAAAUAGAAGAAACUAAGCGGCUCAUAUCCGAAAAUUAGACCAGCCCUGCACAUAGUCAGUAGAUUUAAAACAAAAAUGAUUGCUGUUAUCACUGAAACCGAUGUAAAUUCGUCUCCUGUAAAAUAUUUAGAGAGUAAAUAUGGAAAGAAACACAAUUAAACAUAAACAAAAAACGCGCCUCAUAGAUUUAGAUGUUUAAGAUGAGUGUUUAGUAUCCAGUAUCGAAGGAAGCAUAUUCAAUGUGAUAUGUAAAAUAUGAAUAUUAUUAUAUGAGAAGUAAAAGAGACACAGUAAACUUUCAAAGGAAAACAAAAGUUGAACUCACACAAACACACUCACACUUGAAAUUGCAUUUACCAAGUAGAGAAAAAAAAAAUGAAUGAGUAUGAGGUGAAACGGCGAUGCACUAUUGGGGAAUGGGGGGUUAGUUUUAUGGAGUAAACC